AUGGACGACGGCUCCUAUUCUUCUACCGGGCCGAUCUUCGUCCUCGCUCCCAUCGACGACGCUGCCCGUUAUGCCACCUCACUCAGCGCCAACUAUGAACACCUGCACUACGACCAAGAUAACAACCCAGUCGGUCUGCUAGUAAAUCUAUCGAGCCCCGAGAAGACAAUCUACACUUUGGGUCGUCCUGGUCCCAAUAUCGACCCGCCCGACAUCCACAUCUCUGAACCUCGACCCCGCAGGGGAUUACCGCACAUCUCUCACCUUCAUGCUUCUUUCCAGCUCGUGCCGGAGACAGGGGCGGUUCUGCUUUGGGAUUAUUCUAGUACGAGCUCGGUGAAGCCAUUUGGCGCUCCAAAUAGCUGGGGUUAUACUGUCAAAUUUCGGAGCGAAUCUUCACCGAGAUCCGUCUUGGUUGCUCGGGGUAUCAAUACUCACGUCGCGUUCGCUUCGGGCAGCAACAACACCAAGUGGUGUCAGUUCGAGAUACAAUGGCAUUCUGAGGGGAUGUAUCACUUUCACAAAGACGAACCCUACUUUGUAGGGCCGCAAGAAUCCAGAAUAAAACGUUACGUUCAACAUGAGAAAUUGGGCGGUGGCUCAUACGGUACGGUUUACUCGGCGCUAGAUGCCGAGACGGGACAGAUGAUUGCUGUCAAGAAGUUUCACAACUUGACCGGCAAGCACUUGACAUUCGCCACCCGAGAAGUUGACAACCUGAAGAAGAAGGCCUUGAGACAACAUCCACAUAUUUUGCGGAUUCUUGACUCGGCAGGCGGCGGUGAAAAGGACAACUGGGGCGAAAUCUUUAUGCCUCUGAAAAAAGGAAAUCUCAAGGACCUGUGCGAGACGAUCCAGACAGAAGAAGAUCGAUGGGAGCUCUCAAACCAAGUUCUGUACCAGAUUCUACUAGCCCUCAACUGCCUCGCCGACAAUGACGUUGUGCAUCGCGAUGUCAAACCGGACAAUAUCCUGUUCGACUUUGACGAGAAUGGAGACUAUCGGUUUUGCUUGGGCGAUUUCGGGCUCUCCAAUGAUCCCGAGAGGGCCAUCACUGCGGCUGGCACGGAACCUUUUAUGGCCCCUGAGAUUUGCUACAGAAAGAAACAGACAACCAAAGUCGACAUAUGGUCAUUGUUUGCCACGAUUGUCUGGAUGCGAAAUUCCGACUUCCGAGCAGCUUGCUCCCGACUUCGCGCCCCCGACCUGCACAAAUGGAUCAUUUCGAUUUCAAAAACAGCAGGCUACGAACUCAUUCGCGCCAUGGCCAGUCACGACCCCAAGAAGCGACCGUCGGCAAAGAAACAGCUGGACAUCAUCGACAGCGGAGAGUUUCAGGAUUUUGGCGAGGAGGAAAGUGAUCCGGGGGACCUCUUGAGUGCCCAGUUUGCACAGGCCAUGUCGCUGCAAGGCGACUCGAGUCGGAGUUAUGGGUCCGUUUCGACAGGGUAUCCGACAUCACCAGAAAUGGCAUACUACGAGCCUUAUGCCUCUGGGGUUUACACGGGGUAUGGGGGAGCCGGGGUUAUGAAAGAAGGCCGCUAUGCGCCACCCCCAAUGGGGACGGCGGAGGCCCCGCGAAACCAAGGGGCCUGGGUUCGCCCGUACGACAACCCAUAUGGGCCCCCGCAGAGUCAAGACAGCGACGAGGGCACAGUUAUGCCAGAGAUCAGGACGGCGGUCCCAACAAUAGCCGAGGACGACGUCUUCACGUAUGAGGAGUACAUGGAGGAAAGAAGAAGAAUGAAGGGAAAGAACAGAAGCGGCAUAUAG